UACAUACAGAUUUGUCCUCACCAAGCCAACAGUGGCCAAAACACGAAAAAAUAUCUACCGUCUCACUUACCUAUCUGGCUAUCUUUUCCAUUCUGGUCUAGAAAACCUCUCUCUCAAGUCUCGAAGUGCUUCUAUUAUUAGCUUCAACCUAAACACCCUUUUGCGGUUAUUUAAUGCAAGUUGGUUGUUUAACAAAGAAUUAAGACUGGUUUGAGUUUUGGAUUCCAUGGAGAGGUAUGAGAUUUUGAAGGAUGUUGGAGCUGGGAAUUUUGCGGUGACUAAGUUGGUCAGAGAAAAGUGUAGCGGACAACUCUAUGCUGUUAAGUUGAUUGAGAGAGGCAAGAAGAUAGAUGAAAAUGUGCAGAGGGAGAUCAUGAACCACAGAUCCUUGAAGCACCCCAAUAUUGUUGAAUUCAAAGAGGUCCUGCUGACACCAACUCAUCUAGGUAUUGUAAUGGAGUAUGCUGCCGGAGGAGAACUAUAUGAAAGAAUAUGCAAGGCUGGUAAAUUUAGUGAGGAUGAGGCAAGGUUUUUUUUCCAGCAAUUGAUAUCAGGACUUAAGUACUGUCAUACAAUGCAUAUAUGUCAUAGAGACCUUAAGCUUGAAAAUUCACUCUUAGAUGGUGGUUCAACACCACGUUUGAAAAUAUGUGAUUUUGGAUACUCAAAGUCGCUACUUCAAUCUCAACCAAAAUCUGUUGUGGGCACACCAAAUUAUAUUGCACCUGAAGUCCUAUCCAGAAAGAAAUAUGAUGGAAAGAUUUCAGAUGUCUGGUCCUGUGGAGUCACCUUAUUUGUCAUGAUCUUUGGGGCAUAUCCCUUUGAAGAUCCUCAGGACCCUAUAAAUUUUACAAAAACAAUUCGGCGGAUCCUUAGUGUACAUUACUCAAUCCCACAGAAUGUUGGACUUUCCAUGGAAUGUAGACAUCUGUUUUCUAAAAUAUUUGUGGCAAACCCAGAAAAGAGAAUAACAAUCCCGGAAAUUAGGUGCCAUCCUUGGUUUGUAAAGAACUUACCUAUGGAAAUGAUGGAAGGAGGAAGCUGGGAAACCAAUGAGGUAAACAAUCCAGCCCAAAGUGUUGAAGAAGUUCAGUGUAUAAUACAAGCAGCAAGAAGACCUUUAAGAGUCCGAACUGUCAGCAGGCAUCUCACUGGAAGUAGCAUGGCUCUUGAUGAAGCUGAUGUUGGAGGUCCAGAAGCAGAUGGUGAUUCUGUGUGCUAAGUAGGAGUCAUUGAAGUGUGCAUAUAUGAUAUAAAUAAUUCUAGGCCAUGUCACUUGCAGGGCCCUUAAAAAAUGUCAAUUUGUUUGCUAAGGAUGAGUGUAUCAUUUUUGUUUAACCGUGCUUAUAAUAAUUAAGGGUCUCCAAGCUUUUCCUAUCUAAAUAUGACAACAGCACUGGUCCAUGAGCAGUGACGUACUGUUAUGUCUACUGUGUACUGAUUUUGUUGUUGAUGUGUACUAAACUAGACUGUUAUGUGCACUGUGUACUGAUUUUUUGUUGGUGUGUAUUGGAAGUGUUCUGGAAUGGUCCAAGACUA